AUGUUUAAAACAAGGGCUUCUCCGGGAAUCGAACCCGGGACCUCUCGCACCCUAAGCGAGAAUUAUACCACUAAACCAAGAAGCCUUGCAUUGAUGGCAGAAACGUUACAAUUGCUACUUGGUUUAGAGAUUCCUCUGAAUACCCAUCUGAUUGACCAUGCUCUUAACCUUCUCCCCAGGUCCUUCAAAAGUCUUGGUUCGUGGAUUGAUUGGUGGCCUUGCUUGCUUGCAUUGCUGAGAACCAUUGAUCAAUCUACUUCAACAACCGUUUUUGAUCCUGAGCCUAGGCCAGAUGGAAUUCUAUUAAGCAUGACAAAAAAAUAUCAAUCCAAAUGA